CCUACUCUAAUCUGAUUGAAUAUUUGAAAGCGCCAAAAACUGAGUGUUCUCGUUCUCGCAUUUUCACAAAUGAGUAGUGGAGUUGGGCUGCGGACAUGGAGCUUAAGGUUGGCCUCCUCUGCAGAACGCACUCUCUUUCCAAACCUAACCUUCUCUUUUACCCGUCGUCGUUGCUCGUCAGUAGCUACUACCACCUUUUCCACCUCCUCCACCUUAGACGCAAAGACGACGAAGAACAAUAAGAAGAAGAAGGAGAAGGUCAUCGUCAUCUCUGGACCCACCGGCGCCGGUAAAAGCAAGCUUGCAUUGGAGCUUUCCAAGAGGCUCAACGGGGAAAUCAUCAGUGCCGACUCUGUCCAGGUAUACCGAGGACUCGAUGUUGGAUCUGCAAAGCCUUCAUUGAGCGAUAGGAAGGAAGUGCCACACCAUUUGGUUGAUAUAUUGCACCCAUCUGAAGUUGCGAUUGUAGAUUAUUCUGUUGGACAGUUCUUUGAGGAUGCAAGGCGAGCUACAAGAGAUAUUCUUGAUAAUGGGCAUGUUCCAAUAGUUGCUGGUGGGACUGGAUUGUACUUACGAUGGUAUGUAUAUGGAAAGCCGGAUGUUCCAAAAGCAUCUCUAGAGAUUGCUUCUAAAGCACAUUUGGAGCUAAUGGAUUUUCAGGAAAAUGGGGAUUGGGAUGCUGCUGUGCAAUUGGUGGUUAAAGCAGGUGAUCCAAGGGUUCAAUAUGUGGCUGCCAAUGAUUGGUAUCGCCUAAGGCGCAGCCUUGAGAUUAUCAUGUCUAGUGGAUCGCCUCCAUCUACUUUCCAAGUGCCAUAUGAUUCUUUCAAGGAGCGGUUUGAUUCAAGAAUAUCAGAACCAUCCGGUGUUGGCACCUUUUCUGCUGAUGGGGUUGAAGAAAAUCUUUCAAAGGAUUUGGAUUAUGACUUCAUUUGCUUUUUCCUUUCAACUCAGAGAUUGGAUCUUUAUAGAAUGAUUGAUUGGCGCUGUGAGGACAUGCUUACAGGAAGCGAGGGAAUACUGUCUGAAGCCAGAUGGCUUCUUGAUAUGGGUCUACUUCCAAAUUCAAACUCUGCCACUCGAGCAAUUGGUUAUAGACAAGCUAUGGAGUACCUGGUAAAGUGUAGGGAACAAGGGGGAAGGAGCUCUGCAGGAGAUUUCUAUUCCUUUUUGGCAGAAUUUCAGAAAGCAUCUAGAAACUUUGCAAAAAGGCAAUUGACAUGGUUCAGGAAUGAACUUAUUUAUCACUGGAUUGAUGCUUCACAGCCACUGGAAAAGGUACUCAACUUCAUUUAUGAUGCAUACCACCAGCAAACUCAAAAGCUGGUGGUGCCAGAUUCACUUAAAAUGAAGAAAGACUUAUCCAGUCACAGGGAAGCCUCUUUACUGAAGGCUUAUCACACAAAAAAUCGACAUUUUAUCAAUCGUGAAGAGUGUUCUGAUAUCUUGGAUUGGAUUUCGAAAACACAAGGAUGAUACAAGGGUUCUGCUCAUUAAGGUUUAAUACGUCUUUAUUUUGACCACAAAGACGACAAAUAUAAAUAGGAUUAUCUUCCAAGCUAACACUAAAUCAUUUCAGACCUUAGCUUGAAAGGUUGUUAAUUUGAUAGAGACGCAUGCUGAUAAGCACGGCACUAUUUUUUGCAGUGAAGUGGUAAAGUUGCAGUACAUUAUUCUGUUUGUUUUAAGUGUGAAGCUCUAUGAUGCAUCUUUCCUAUCUGAUGAAUCUUCAUUCCUUGCAGGUUUGUAGAGAAGAACUGCACCCCGUUUUCUUUUUUAUUUAUAAAAUUAUGUAGUGAAGAAGACAUAUUCUAUAUGCAUUC